CGCGCUGGCUCAGAGGAGGACAAGGUACCCACGCCGCUACCCUUCCCUCGUUUGCUGCAGAUGCUGGCCGCUGGAGAUGGCCACACGGUGCUGCUCAGGAGCGACGGCACCGCCGUGGCCCGCGGCGACAAUCAUGCUGGUCAGUGCGACCUCCCGGCGCUGCCCGCGGGCCUGACCUACAGUCAGGUCGCCGCUGGAGGGUGCCACACGGUGCUGCUCAGGAGCGACGGCACCGCCGUGGCCCGCGGCAGCAAUGCUGAUGGUCGGUGCGACCUCCCGGCGCUGCCCGCGGGCCUGACCUACAGUCAGGUCGCCGCUGGAUGGCCCCACACGGUGCUGCUCAGGAGCGACGGCACCGCCGUGGCCUGCGGCUGGAAUGAUGAUGGUCAGUGCGACCUCCCGGCGCUGCCCGCGGGCCUGACCUACACAGCUCAUUUGCUUCCAGCGCUGCUCCUGCAGGUGUCGCUCGAUGGCGGCUCCAUGGUUUUCGUCACCAUCGGCGGGGUGGAGCGAUGCAGGAUCAGGGCGGCGCCCACCGCCCGCCUCGCAGACAUCCACCUCCAGCUCGUGGCCGAGCACCGCGCGGGCAGGCUGGGCCCCGGAGCCUGGCGCGUCGAGGCGAUCCUGCCGGGGGGCCGCCCGCUCAGCGCCGCGGCCGAGGAGACGGUCGCCGGACCGGUACCACAGAACCGGUUCCAUAAGCCCGGUUCCACAGGACUGCAGGUUCCACAGAUGCUGGCCGCUGGAGAGAUUCACACGGUGCUGCUCAGGAGCGACGGCACCGCCGUGGCCCGCGGCUGGAAUGCUGAUGGUCAGAACGACCUCCCGGCGCUGCCCGCGGGCCUGACCUACACGCAGGUCGCCGCUGGAGAUUGCCACACGGUGCUGCUCAGGAGCGACGGCACCGCCGUGGCCUGCGGCUUGAUUGCUGAUGGUCAGUGCGACCUCCACGCGCUGCCCGCGGGCCUGACCUACACGCAGGUCGCCGCUGGAGGGUUCCACACGGUGCUGCUCAGGAGCGACGGCACCGCCGCGGCCUGCGGCCGGAACGCUUUUGGUCAGAGCGACCUCCCGGCGCUACCCGCGGGCCUGACCUACACGCAGGUCGCAGCUGGAGGGCGCCACACGGUGCUGCUCAGGAGUGACGGCACCGCCGUGGCCUGCGGCCGGAAUGAUGAUGGUCAGUGCGUCCUCCCGGCGCUGCCCGCGGGCCUGACCUACGCGCAGGUCGCCGCUGGAGGGUGCCACACGGUGCUGCUCAGGAGCGACGGCACCGCCGUGGCCCGCGACAGCAAUGCUUUUGGUCAGUGCGACCUCCCGGCGCUGCCCGCGGGCCUGACCUACACGCAGGUCGCCGCUGGAGGGCUCCACACGGUGCUGCUCAGGAGCGACGGCACCGCCGUGGCCUGCGGCCUGAUUACUGAUGGUCAGUGCGACCCCCCGGCGCUGCCCGCGGGCCUGACCUACACGCAGGUCGCCGCUGGAUGGCGCCACACGGUGCUGCUCAGGAGCGACGGCACCGCCGUGGCCUGCGGCCGGAAUGAUGAUGAUCAGUGCGACCUCCUGGCGCUGCCCGCGGGCCUGACCUACACAGCUCAUUUGCUUCCAGCGCUGCUCCUGCAGGUGUCGCUCGAUGGCGGCUCAAUGGUUUUCGUCACCAUCGGCGGGGUGGAGCGAUGCAGGAUCAGGGCGGCGCCCACCGCCCGCCUCGCAGACAUCCACCUCCAGCUCGUGGCCGAGCACCGCGCGGGCAGGCUGGGCCCCGGAGCCUGGCGCGUCGAGGCGAUCCUGCCGGGGGGCCGCCCGCUCAGCGCCGCGGCCGAGGAGACGGUCGCCGGACCGGUUCCGCAGAACCGGUUCCACGGAACUGGUUCCACAGGACCAGUUCCGCAGGACCGGUACCACAGAACCAGUUCCAUAAGCCCGGUUCCACAGGACUGCAGGUUCCACAGGAGCGACGGCACCGCCGUGGCCCGCGGCAGCAAUGCUGAUGGUCGGUGCGACCUCCCGGCGCUGCCCGCGGGCCUGACCUACAGUCAGGUCGCCGCUGGAUGGCCCCACACGGUGCUGCUCAGGAGCGACGGUCGCCGCUGGAUGGAGCCACACGGUGCUGCUCAGGAGCGACGGCACCGCCGUGGCCUGCGGCUGGAAUGCUUUUGGUCAGAGCGACCUCCCGGCGCUGCCCGCGGGCCUGACCUACACGCAGGUCGCCGCUGGAGGGCGCCACACGGUGCUGCUCAGGAGCGACGGCACCGCCGUGGCCUGCGGCCGGAAUGAUGAUGAUCAGUGCGACCUCCCGGCGCUGCCCGCGGGCCUGACCUACACGCAGGUCGCCGCUGGAGGGCGCCACACGGUGCUGCUCAGGAGCGACGGCACCGCCGUGGCCUGCGGCUGGAAUGCUGAUGGUCAGAGCGACCUCCCGGCGCUGCCCGCGGGCCUGACCUACACGCAGGUCGCCGCUGGAUGGCGCCACACGGUGCUGCUCAGGAGCGACGGCACCGCCGUGGCCUGCGGCUGGAAUGAUGAUGGUCAGUGCGACCUCCCGGCGCUGCCCGCGGGCCUGACCUACACAGCUCAUUUGCUUCCAGCGCUGCUCCUGCAGGUGUCGCUCGAUGGCGGCUCCAUGGUUUUCGUCACCAUCGGCGGGGUGGAGCGAUGCAGGAUCAGGGCGGCGCCCACCGCCCGCCUCGCAGACAUCCACCUCCAGCUCGUGGCCGAGCACCGCGCGGGCAGGCUGGGCCCCGGAGCCUGGCGCGUCGAGGCGAUCCUGCCGGGGGGCCGCCCGCUCAGCGCCGCGGCCGAGGAGACGGUCGCCGGCGCAUUUCCCGCCGCAGCCUGAAGCGGAGGGCGGCGUUCGUAUAAACAGAGCGCGUGCCGUUUGUUGCCAGGGCAGGUGCGCGACAUCGCCGACG